AUGCGGCGGUCGGACGACGAUGUCGAUGCAUCGCUGCGCGUCCUCCUGCGCACGGGUGACGAAGAGGGCUCUGUGGAUGACGAGGAGGCCACGCGGGGCGGACGCGGGAGGGCGAGUUCGUUGUUGAAUGGCCUCUUGUUGGCAAUCGUGGUCGUCUUCUCCGUCCUCCUCCUCCUCCUCCUCCUCGCGCAGGCGCCGGUCGAAGCGGGGUGCGAUCGCGUCCCCGGCUACGAGGGCCCUCCUGUCCCGCCGCCCGGCGACCGUCGGGUCCCCGGGAAGCUAAACGUCCACAUCGUUCCGCACACCCACGAUGACGUCGGGUGGCUGAAGACCGUCGAUCAGUACUUCACGGGCUCCAACGCAUCCAUCCAACAGGCGGACGUCCGCAGGAUCAUCUCCAGCGUCGUGGACGAGCUGUCGAAGGAUCCCGCGCGCACGUUCGUAUACGCCGAGAUGGCCUUCUUCUCCAGGUGGUGGAAGGAGCAGGGCGCGGCCGAGCGGUCCAGGGUUCGACUGCUGGUGAAGGAGGGGCGGCUUUCCUUCGUCAACGGCGGGUGGUGCAUGCACGACGAAGCCGCGGCGCACUUCGCGGACAUGAUCCACCAGACAUCCAUGGGGCACGAGUUCAUCCGUGCCAACUUCGGCGCCAGCGCUCUACCUCGGGUGGGGUGGCAGUUGGACCCGUUCGGUCACAGCGCGAUACAGGCCACGCACCUCGGCUCGGGCGUCGGCCUCGAAGCGGUUUUUUUCGGUCGCGCCGACGUCGACGACGUGGCGCGGAGGAUCGCCGACGGAGCGAUGGAGUUCACCUGGCGCGGGUCCCGCAGCCUCGGACCUUCAAACGACGUGAAGGGCUUCGUACUGAGCAAGUACGGCAACUACGGCCCUCCUCCGGGGAUGUGCUUCGACGUCGUCUGCGGGGAUGACUCGCGCUGGCAGGACGACCCGGACCUGGAGGACUAUAACGUCCCGGCGAUGGUCAAAACGUUCGUGAACGCGGUGGAGGAGCAGGCCGGAUGGUUCCUCGGCGCGAACGGGUCCACGCCGUACGGCGGGGACGUGAUGCUCACGAUGGGCACGGACUUUACGUACGGCGCCGCGCCGUACUGGUACGACCAACUCGACAGGCUCAUUCGCCACGUGAACGCCGCCGAGGGCACCAAACUGAACGUCUUCUACAGCACGCCGUCGGCGUAUCUGGACGCGAAAACCGGUAAUCCGCACAUGCGAUGGCCGCUCAAGACUGGCGAUUUCUUCCCGUACCGCUGGAACCCUCACCAGUACUGGACCGGCUAUUUCACGUCCAGGCCGACGCUGAAGGCUUUCAUUCGCCGCGGCGGCGAGUUUCUUCGAGCCGCGCAGUCACUGGCGGCGGUCGUCAGCCUCCGCGGGGUGGUGCACGCGCCCGGUGCGGAGACGUCCACCCCGUGGGACUUGUUUCGUCCCCUCGCGGAGGCCGUCGCCGUGGCCCAGCACCACGACGCCGUGUCCGGGACGGCGAAGCAGCACGUCACCAACGAUUACGCCGUUCGAAUACAACGCGGCGUCGACGGCGUCGAGGGUCACUUCUCGCGAACGCUCAACGCCGCGCUAUUAACGCGUGGGUCACCCAGCGCACCGGCGCCGCCGUCGCCCGACCCCGACGCGGUCGCGACUCGGUGUCCCCUGCUCAACGUCAGCGCGUGUCCGGUGACGGAAUCCAUGACGCCCGGCGACGUCGUCGCGGUGCUCGCGUACAAUCCCCUCGCGUGGGAGAGGAUGGAACACGUGAGGAUCCCGAUGAACGCCGCCGCGGCGAGACGCGCCGUCGUCGUCGACGCGAGUUCGGGCGAGUUCGUGCCGUCCGCCACGUUGCCCGCGCCGCCGCCGGCGCCGCUCGCGGGGCGGACGACGACGCAGCUCGUCUUCUCUGUCGCGCUCCCGCCGCUCUCCGUCUCCACCUUUUUCGUGCGUUCGCUGUCCGAGAACGAGGUUCUUCCGGAGACGGCCUUAGCCGAGGCGGCGGAGGAGACGGGGGCGUCGGAGUCGGACGCGAACGACGGGGGAGCGGUGUCGGUGUCCGUGGAUCCGAACGACGGCGGGUUACUCGUCGAUUUCGUCGUCGACGCGACGUUCAACCUCACCGCAAAAAUCACCGCCGCGUUCUACGCGUCUCACGACGGAAGCGACGGUUUCGUCCCCAGCGGAGCGUACGUGUUCAGACCCGACUCGUCCCAAGAGGCGACGCCGCUGCGCACGCCGUCGUUCGACGCCGCCGCGUUCCGAGCGUUCCGCUCCGGGGUUCUCGCCGAGACUCGCGUGGCGUUUGGGGAUUGGGCGAGCGUCGCGGUGAGGACGUGGUCGAAAGAGCGGGUUCCUCACGCCGAGGUUGAGUGGACGGUUGGGCCCAUACCGGUCGAGGCGGACGGCGUGGGGAAGGAGGUUAUCGUGCGGUACUCGACCGGGCUGGCGACGGGCGGGACGUGGGCGACCGAUUCCAACGGGCGGGACAUGCAGCCGCGGCGGCGGGACCACAGGGACGACUGGACUUUUCGAAACGCGUCGGAGGAGCCGGUGAGCUCCAAUUACUAUCCCUUCGGAUCGAUCGCGACCCUGACCGGCGACGAACGCGCGGGAUUCCAUCUCUUGACGGAUCGUUCGCAGGGCGUCGGGAGCAUACGGGACGGCGAGCUCGAGGCGAUGGUUCACAGGCGUAACCUCAACGACGACUGGCUGGGCGUGGGCGAAGCCAUGAACGAGACCCAGUGCGGGUGCAGGGAGUGCGACUGCCCGGGACUGGUCGCGAGGGGCACGCACCUGAUCGCGGCGACGACGCCGGCGACGGGGCCGAGGACGUACAGGGAGCUUCAGACGCGGUCGCAGAACCCGACGCAGCUGGCGUUCGCGAAGGUGAACGGUUGGUUUGAGGAGUCGAUCCGGGGCGGUUCCCGAAGCGCAGUCUCCGUCUUUGCGGGGGAGGCGCCGAGGAACGUGCACGUGGUUUCCAUCGAGAGGCUGCCCGGGGAGGACUGCUCGAGGGGCAGCGCGUGCGCUCGUAUCGUGCUCGCGCACCUGUUCGAGUCCGAGGGGUGCGUGGGGUACGAUGAGGAGCUGUCGGCGCCGGCGAAGGUGAACCUCGCGGAUUUCUUCCCCGGUCGUUCAAUCGUCGCCGUGGACGAACUCACCCUCUCGGGCACGCCGAUCCGGCCGGGUGACGCCGUCGUGACGCUCGAGCCGAUGCAGAUACGCGCGGCAAAGGUCGAAUUCGCUUGA